AAACUGAUUUUUGAAAAAUGUUUUACACUUUAGUGACAUCAUGAUUUUCAUAUGUUUUGUUAAAACUUGCAUUUGAGAAGAAAUAUGUUUUUCUAAAAUAUCGUAUGCAGAUUUAGUCUCUAAAAUCAUAUUCAUCUGUGCACAUCGAUGAUUUCAGUGUGAAAGUACUGAAUUUAAAAACAUAAUUCAACCAUGAACAUCCAGGUGCUGAUGGUCGUUUUGUUCGUUGCCUUUGCUGCAUGUCGGGGUACUACAACUACUUUGACAAGCUCUGCAAGUAAUGUAACAGCAAACAGCACUGGGAAUGGCAGCAGCACCACAUCAGCUUCUACUACGAUGACUACCAGUACUUCAACAACAACACCCAUAUCAACUUCAGCAACAACAAGCACUCAGGCACGGUCUCGAAACGCAACAGCCAAUCAAAGUAAUGGAUUAAACAGUACGGAAGCAACGACAACAAAUACAUGGAACACAACACCUGGAAAUGAAGGUCUUAGAGCUUCCGAGCCCGCCAAGUUCUUCUUGCUCUACAUGAUGGUCGCUAUGACAGCAAUUCAGCAAUUGGUCUAGAAUGACCGAAGUUAACACACUCUUUUAAACAAUUUGUUUAACCAUCAGAUGACAUUGGGAUUCAUUGGUGCUGAUAAAUAUGGAUUUCUUUGAAAGUAUAAGCACCCUUGAUAGCAUUAUGAACGUAUCAAUGCGGUUUAGAAUGCAUAUGUUGUUAAAUAUGGCAAACACCAUAAUACACAAUAUGGAAUUUACAACUGUUUCAAUAAAAUCCUAAUUUUGUUUUAAGAUUUUUUUUAAUGUUAACUUGACAUAUUCUACAGUCAUUAUGUUUUCAAUUUCAUAAUAAAGUUUCUUUUACUGUAUAUUAGACAGAUUACACUUGUUUAAAUCAAGUUGUUUGUGUUAUUUAUUAAGCUAUGAUAAUUUUACUGAAUAUCGACUUUCAAUUAUUAAUAGUAAAAGCUCUAUCACAGAAAAGAUACUCAUCCAAUUAAUUUUCCAAUACAUUUUACUUAUAUAUUUUAAGUCAUUUUUUUGUAUUGGAAAUCAUUCUCCUUGAAAGUUGUCUUAGUCAUAUAUAUGACAGCACAUGCAAUUUUCCUAACCUUACUUGCUUCUUGUUUCUUUGUUUCUUUUUAAACUGAUCUAUUGAAUCAGUUAAUCACCCAAAUCUAGUAGUAGUUGAAUGUGAUACACAUUGACAUCCCUUUUUUAAAACAUGGAAUUUCUGGGUUUUAACGACCUUGAUAUCCAAACUAAGAUUUAAUAUGUUUGAUAUUGUCUAUUCUCUAAUAGUCUGUACUUGUCUCACAUGUCAUCCAAUUUAUUAUAAUGCUGUUUACACUGGAAAUUAUUAGAACAAAACAAAAAUAGAACGAAAGCUAUGUUCAUGCUUACAUUUUCAGAAUGCUAUAUUGAUCGACACACGAUGCCAUUUUGUUUUACUUGUUUUGGUCCGUAAACUAUAUAUGGACCCUGAUGACAAUAAGUGGCGAAUCCCAUUUUUGGUUAUGAAAAACACAGGCGAGCAGUGCAUUUAUAGUAACCGAGAUGAAUAUCAUGAGGAUUUUUAUUUAUUAGCACAUUAUCUGUUAAGAAACAAAACAAAAGAAAAUAGGACAUUUAGAGUUAAGAAGUUCCCAAAAGCAUUUUCAGAACCCUUCACAAACAAUCUAUGUGUUGCUGCUAACUCGCCCUUGACCGCGAGCGAAAUCGAUUUUGCUGUUCUGCUACUUCACCUUAUUGAUUCUGACCUGAAUAAAGAAUACUUGAAAAAAGCAUAUUCACCAUCUGAUAAAGUGUGCAUAGCACUUCAGGGACGCUAGUCAAGGGGCUGAGAGAUAAUGUGCUAAAAUGGCUCGAUUGAGUAUUAUGUUAUCUGGCAAAUCCUACAUUUGUGAUGACGAUUUAUUGGGAUAAUGUUCAUAUAAAUUGUUUGGUAUGAUUAGCAAUGUUAUCUUACAUAAGGGCUUGGAACCUGGCAGAUAAACUUCAAUAAACAGAAAGCGUUUGUAAAUGUAAAUGUCCGCUCUAUCUAUUUUUACGAGCACGUUCAAUUGCCAUUCUUUAAGCGAAAAAAGAGAAAGUGAUACUGCAAUGUUUCCAUUUUCAGAGCAUGAACGCUACUGUGGAUAUUACAGGGACACCGUAACACAAUUUUUCGGCACACAGAAGGAAAUGAGGACCCAGCUGGUUAUAACGACAAUACUGACCAUCACCCAGUUGAUUACUACAUCUAAUAUAGCUCCUGGGGACCAUUGCAAUCCAAAUUUGCAAACAAAAUCAUCUGGAUUGACCACAAACAAUAGUUCGCAGACUGCAGCACCAUCAAGUAAUGAUGCAUCAUCAACAUUUACCAUAAGCCAUACUUCGCAGACUGAAGCACCAUCAAGUAAUGCUACAUCAUUAAAAUCGAUUAUAAGCAAUUGUUCGCCGACUGCAGCACCUUCAAGUAAUUCUGCAUCAUCAACAUUGACCAUAAGCAAUAGUUUUUCUACUGCAGCACCUUCAAGUAAUGCUACAUCAUCAAAAUCGAUCAUAAGCAAUAGUUCGCCGACUGCAGCACCUUUAAGUAAUACUUCAUCAUCAACAUCGUCCGUAAGCAAUAGUGUUUCUACUGCAGCACCAUCAAGUAAUGCUGAAUCCUCAAAGUUGACGACAAAAAAUAGCUUGCCGACUGCAGCACCUUCAAGUAAUGCUACAUCAUCAACAUUUACCAUAAGCCAUACCUCGCAGACUGCUUCACCUUCAAAUAAUGGUGCAUCAUCAACAUCGACCGUAAGCAAUAAUUUUCCGACUGCAGCACCUUCAAGUAAUGGUCCAUCAUCAACAUCGACCAGAAGUAGUUUUUAUACUGCAGCACCUUCAAGUAAUGCUACAUCAUCACCAUCGACCAUAAGCAAUAAUUUUCCGACUGCAGCACCUUCAAGUAAUGGUGCAUCAUCAACAUCGACCAGAAACAGAAGUUUUUCUACUGCAGCACCUUCAAGUUAUGCUGCAUCAUCAUUAUCGACAGUAAGCAAUAGUUCGCCGGCGGCUUCACCAUCAAGUAAUGCUUCAUCAUCACCGUUGACCACAAGCAAGAGUUUGCCGACUGAAGCACCAUCAAGUAACGCUUCAUCCUCAACGUUGACCCCAAUGAAUAUUUCGACGACUGCAUCAGCAUCACGUAUUGAUGCUUCAUCAAUAUUGAACCCAGCAUUGCCGACUGCAACACAAUCAAGUUAUGUUGCUCCAUCAAUAUUACCCACAAACAAUAGUUCGUCGACUGCAGCACCCUCAAUUUAUGAUAAGUCAUCAACAUUGAGCACAAGCACACAUGCAAAUGAUGCUGCAACUUCUUCUGAAAAAAAGACCUCAGCUUCAAAACCUUAUAUACAAACCAUAUCUACAACAGUUGAAACUACGACAACAACUGUAGAACUGACAACAAAAACUACUAGACCAUCAUCGUUUUUAAUUUCCAAUCAUUUAACACUGACAUUCUGUCCAAUACUAAACCUUAGUUUCAAAAUAAAACUAUUAUUUAAAUGUUCAUAUGCACACUUCAUUCCAAUGCUGGAUAACGGUCUGUUGUGUACAUAAUACAAUAUUGAUUUCCAAUUCAUUUUAUCAGUAUUAUGUUAUAACCAUUACAAGUUCAAGUUCAAAGUUCAUAUUCAUAUUCAUUAUGACCAUUUUUCGUGCGCACAUAGUUUACAUAGGAAAUUAUCGAGAGUGGUUAUGUAUAUACUUCCACACUUUGCUUACUAGUAAUUCAUGUAACAUCGACAUUUGACAACUUGGUAAAUAAGUAUAGUUUCGAUUUUGUGUGGAUAAAUAGGUACUAUUUUAGGCAGACAAUGCUAUAUACAAGAACUUUUGAAUUUUUAACACGAAAAAUGGUGAACAUAGGACAUUGGAAAAUAAUUACUUAAGAAUAACCAUGUAAUAUUUGCCCAUGCAUACCUUUUUACCUUAUAACUAUUAUAACUGGUAUCAUAGUAGCAACAGAAAAUAUAUGCCGUUAAUAGUUUAAUAAUGUAAAUAUUUUGUUGUAGGAUUUAAAAUACUUUUAUUUCAGAUUAAGAGUCCAAAACAUCAUAGCGGUUAGGUAUUUUGUUGAGUUUUUUUGUUAAAAUGUUUUUUUUUUAUUUAAUAAGUGAAGUUAUCUUUAUGAUUCUUUAUUUUAAUGAUUAUCCAUAACAUUGUCGUAAUUAACUUAAUCAAUGUUUAAGCGGAUGUUAUUGAACCAAUGCAACACAACAUUGACUUUUUAACGAAGAAUAAAUAAGAUGAAGACACACAUCACGAGAUUGUGUCAUGUUCUUGUGUUUUGUCAGCUGACAUAAAACAAACGUAGUAUUAAUAUCAUUCACAGAAAAACUGUUAAAUAUGAUUUUUAAAAAUAUCAAAUGUUGUUCUCACACAUUCAUGAAAAAGUUGGCAAAUAUGCAAUAAAGUGGUAACAUAGCAAACGUAUCAUCGAUGUGAGCAUAAAUACAUUCACAGUCAGACAUGUUUAUGUACAUUUGUAUAUCGUUCCAAUGAGAUCCUUUCGUCGAGCCACCUCCCUUGUCAUUAUCUUGAUCUCGUUGAAAUUUUCGUCGACCUUUGUGUCGAGGUCAAGUUUGUGAUCUACACCAAUUGUUUCUUACCAUGCUAACAUGCUACGUUCUUUUUCUGCCUCUGUUACAAUGAUGCAAACGUAAAGUUUAAGCUUUUUUCAGAUGUUAGAAAUGAAUAUAUUUGUAGAUGGUUCAAACAAUGAUCUUGCACACGCUCAAUCUUGAUAACAAAUAGUUGCUUCAAUAUUAAAAUGUCUAUAUGUAUCUAUAAACGUCUUUGUUGGCAUUUUCAGUAGUGCUUGACGUUGCCUUUCUUAUUGUAUUAUAAAUAUUUACGACAAAAAACAGUAAUCAAUCCACAUUAACAUUAUAACUGUUAAAUGUGUAUAUUAAAACAUAUAUUUUUGGAGCUCUUUGGCUCGUGUACAUGCAUUACCUUUCUUUUACAAAAACAUUUACAAUGAUAACAAGGAUACAAACUAGGUUUCUGAGUUUUUUAAAGCUUUGUUUUAAAGUAACUAUUUUCUUGAUUUUGAAAAGAAGGUAUUUGUAUUUCCUUUAUUUAAAUUACAUGUCACAUUAUGAUGUAGCAUCGUACACACGUUUAUCUCGUAGCGAAAUGCAUGAUUGUUUUAUAUAAACCACGUGAAAAUUU